AUGGGUAAAGAAAAAGUUACAGUUAAUGUUACUGAGAUCGAAAGACAUCAGUUAAGUAAUAAAUUAGGGGAUACCCAUUUAAAUAUUUUACCCACUAGGAAAUUAUUAAUUGUUCUAGGUACUUUGUCUUUAGCAUGUAUGUUAUCGUUUGCUGAUCAAACAGGUGUUACUGUUGGAUUAUCGGUAAUCGGUGAAGAAUUAAAUAGUGAAACUACUAUUAAUUGGGCAGGUACAUCAUCAUUAUUAGCCAAUUGUGUCUGUCAAAUAUUAUUCGGUAGAUUAAGUGAUAUCUUUGGUAGAAAAUCAGUAAUGUUAACUUGCCUUGGGAUUUUAGCCGUUGCAGAUUUAUGUUGUGGCUUUGCCCAAACUGGUGUGCAGUUCUUCAUAUUUAGAGCGUUUGCUGGAGUAGGUAAUGGUGCAGUAAGUUCAUUAUGUAUGGUAAUUUUGAGUGAUAUAGUAACUUUAGAACAAAGAGGUAAGUACCAAGGUAUCUUAGGGUCCAGUGUAGGUAUUGGUAACUCUAUAGGUCCUUUCUUAAUGGGUGCUUUUAUUAAGCAUACUAGUUGGAGAGAUUUUUAUUAUUUAAUUUCUCCUUUAAUGGUCAUUAUAAUGGUUAUAGUGUACUUUUUAAUUGACGGUAAAAGCAAGGACUUGGAUAAGGUCUUAAGUAAUAAGGAUAAAUUUAAGAAAAUCGAUUAUUUAGGUAUUUUAACUUCGACCAUUAGUUUGAUUUUAUUAUUAAUACCUAUUAGUGGUGGAGGGUCCACUUAUGCAUGGAAUAGUCCUCUAGUUAUUUCCAUGCUUAUUAUUGGAGGUGUGUUCUUCGUUGUAUUCUUAUUGAUUGAAUGGAAAAUCCCCAAAUUGCCAAUGAUUCCUUUACAUUUAUUUAAAUCCCCAUCGUUGUGUCUUUUACUAACAUCCAAUUUCUUCUUUGGUAUGGUAUAUUACAGUUUUUUGUAUUUCUUACCAUACCAUUUCACUUUAGUUAAACAGAAAGAUAUCAUUCACACAUCAUUAUUUUUAUUACCAUUAGUUUUAACUCAAGCUUUAGGAUCAAUCAUUUCUGGACAAUUAGUUACAAAGACCGGUCAUUAUAUAUUUGUAGUUAUUGCUGGUUACAGUUUAUGGUUAAUUAGUAAUUGCUUAUUACUUUUAUGGAAUAAGAAUUUGAAUGAUGGUAUUAAUGUUUUAGUAUUAUUGAUUAUGGGAUUGGGUGUUGGAUUCACAUUUCAACCAACAAUGGUAGCUUGUCAGGCACAAUCUAGGAAAUGUGAUCGAGCUGUAGUCAUUUCAACAAGAAAUGUAUUGAGAUCUUUUGGUGGUGCGGUUGGUGUAGCUGUAGGUUCAACUAUAGUGAGCAAUAGUUUAUUAAAUGAAAUCAACACCAAAAAAGCACAAUCAAUCGUACCCCAUGAUUAUCUAAAUUAUAUGAAAACACAUAUCUACAGUAUCAUUGACACAAAUAGUUUAAACAAUGAACAAUUCAAUGCAGUUGUUGAUAUGUAUGACAAAAGUUUAAGAAAUUACUUUUAUUUGUUAAUUCCAUUGAUUGGAAUUUGUCUUUUGUCUUCAUUCUUCAUCAAAGAUAGAGGAUUGAGAUGUAUUGAUGAAAUUGAUAACCACGAUACUGAAUCUUCCUUCCCUUCCUCCAGGAAUUCCACUUUUGGUUCUUCAUCAUCCAACAAUUCAGUUCGUAAUUGA